ACCCGCAGCCGUAAAGCUCACCGCACCGGCCGCGCCCCCUCUCGACUCCGCGCUAGGGUUUUAAGGCUCCUCCUCCCGUAACCCCAUUUCCCCAAAAGACAGCCCCCCCGCUAGGGUUUUAGCCGCCUUCUCCAUCCCCUUCUCGCUUCUCUCCUCCACUCCUCCUCGAGCGCCACCGCCGUCGCCGCCGCCGUUGCCCGGGAAUCCCCCCCGGAGCGACGCCAUGUGGGCUCUCCGCCGAGCCGGCAACCCCGCCAGGGUCUGGGCCCAACAAGUUGUGAUCGCCCGCAGUUGCGCCAAUCUUGAGGUGCUUCUAAAUGCAGAUGCAAAGAAUGUAGAAGAACAUCAUGAGAGGGAUUAUCAGAAAGCGUGUUGCUGUCAUCAGCCAAAGCCAUCAGCCUUCCUGUUCUCAUUUUCAUCUGGCCAGUUCAUGUGGAGUAGGACUUUCUCCUCUCAGGCUGGCGCAAAUUCUGGUGAUAAGGAGGAUGAGUUGGAGGAUGGGUUUUCUGAUCUGGAGGUUCCACCGGAAGCUGAUAAAAAGGAUGCUGAGUUAACAUCUGAAGAUAGUUCUGAUGAGGAUGUCAUUGAUGAAAUUGGCUUGCCUGAUGUGGAGGCUGAUGUGAAACCUGAGAAGGAGUACAUGAAGAAGUUUGAACAGUCCCCCCUUCUUAAACUUAUGUUGGAUGCUCCGAGGCAUGAAGUCACUUCAGCACUUAAAAAAUGGGCUAAGGAUGGCAAUACAUUCGAUAGGAGUGAACUCUUUCUUGUCAUUCUUCAACUUCGGAAGCGAAGGUGGUUCUCCAAAGCCUUGGAGCUUCUGGAAUCGGUUGAACAAUCCAAACAACUCGAGCUUGGAGAGCGUGAUUACGCGUCACGCCUUGAUUUGAUGGCUAAAGUCUAUGGUCUUCACAGAGCCGAACAGUAUAUUGAGAAAAUUCCUGCGUCUCAUAGGGGUGAGAUUGUAUACAGAACACUUUUGGCUAAUUGUGUUGCUGCAGCAAAUGUCAAAAAAGCAGAACAAAUCUUCAAUAAGAUGAAGGAUCUUGGAUUUCCGGUUACAAUAUUUGCUUGCAAUCAGCUUCUACUGCUCUACAAAAGGGUGGACAAGAAGAAGAUUGCUGAUGUUCUCACGAUGAUGGAAAAGGAGAAUUGUAAACCAUCUCUCUUCACUUAUAAGCUCCUUGUAGACACCAAGGGAACUUCUAGAGAUAUAGAAGGUAUGGAAAAAGUUGUUGAAUCAAUGCAGGCAGAUGGUAUUGAGCCAGAUCUGAUGUUUCAAGCCACAAUUGCAAGGCACUAUAUAUUCGAUGGUCACCGUGAGAAAGCAGAGGCAAUUUUGGAGUCAAUUGAGGGUGAUGAUAUCAAGGGAAACCGUGCUGCUUGCAAGAUUCUAUUACCUUUAUAUGCUUUUCUUGGCAAAAAUGAUGAGGUGGAAAGGAUUUGGAAGGUGUGUGAGGCUAGUCCUCGCCUAGAUGAGUGCCAUUCUGCUAUAGAGGCCUUUGGUAGGCUUGGUAAUGUUGAAAAGGCAGAGAAAGUUUUUGAGGAUAUGUUUGUGACAUGGAAAACACUCUCUUCCAAAUACUACAAUGCUUUGCUAAGGGUGUAUGCCAAUCAAAACCUUUUAGACAAGGGUAAGGAACUAGCAAAGCGGAUGGAUGAGGAUGGUGUCAGAAUAGGGACCCCAGCGCUUGAUGCGCUUGUGAAGCUUUAUGUAGAUGCAGGAGAGGUAGAGAAAGCUGAUUCCAUAUUACACAAGCUUUCUAUGAAUAACAGGAUCAAGCCCCAAUACAAUUCAUAUCUGUUGCUGCUUGAUAGUUAUGCAAAGAAAGGAGACGUCCACAAUGCUGAGAAAGUGUUCAACAAGUUGCGGCAGAUGGGUUAUACUGGGAGGAUUAGACAGUACCAGUUGCUGCUUCAUGCAUAUCUACAUGCAAAGGCCCCUGCUUAUGGAUUUAAAGAGAGGAUGAAGGCUGACAACAUUUUCCCCAACAGUUCUGUGGCAACUUUAAUUGCUGCUACCGAUCCGUUCACCAAGAAGAAAGCAAUAUCCAAAUUGCUCGAUUAGGAUAUGGGAUACUUUAAGAUCCAUCGUGUCGCUGUGCAAUGCAUGUGCUGCUUUUGGCAUUCUGCUGAAGUAUAUGGUGGGAUAAUAAUGUCUUAGUCUUGUAAGGAACUACUAGUUUUUUUUGCUUGCAUUUGGACUCCCACGCUUCGCUGAACUUGAGUCAUAUAGUAGAAAUUGAAGUCACUGCUCUAGAAUCAAGUGUGCAUUAGUGCUCCA